ACAAGGGAGUCAGCGAAGUUAAAGCCCAAGUGACGAUUGACAUCCUCUGGGCUGCCCUCUUGAAAGCAACCUUUAACCAAAUCAUUUUGACUUUCUUGCUUGUCUGGUAGUUUUCUUUACUUUUCAGCAAGUUGUUUUUCUCUCAGCAAAACGUAACCAUGACGCGUUGGAGAGUUCUUGGCGCUGGGAAAAACGUGAUCUGGCUGUGCGCGCUGCUGGUGAAUUUAGCGAAAGCUAAUACAGCGCUGUCCCAUGGUGAUGCCGCACUGGGGGUCUUUGCUCCCCACAUGUACUACACCUGUCCAGAGGGGGCGACGGUGACGCUGGUUUGUAACCAAAGAGGCGCCAUGAAAUACCCCCAGGACAAGCUCCACCACCCCUGGUUCUUCACCCAACAGAGCGAUCAGCACUGUUCACACCACACCAGGCCCAGAAACAUUGUACAUAAGCUACCUCCAGGGGUCCACGUGGGAAUGAGUAAUGAUAACUUUUGGCUUACACUAGAGAAUGUGUCUCAUUCAGACCAGGGCCGAUACUGCUGCAUGGCUCUAGAUGUACUGGAGAAGGCCGACCAUCACAAAGUACUGCAACAGAGUUCACACAGCCACAUGGUGCUGACAAUCACACCAAGGAGAAAUGGCACUCAGAAGUGCACAUAUCUGGACCCCACUCCGCCUGGAGGCUCGGUGCCAGUGGCUUUGGCUGUGGCUGCCUGUGUUCUGGCUCUGCUCUCACUGCCUCUGAUUCUGAUACUGGUUUACAAACAACGACACAGUGCCCAUUCAAGCAGACGUGCCCAGGAGCUCGUGAGGAUGGACAGUGAAGCUCAGGGACAUGAAAACCCAAUGUUUCUUGGAGGAUCUCCUCAGGUUAAAACCCGGACUGUGUCUCAGAUCAUGACCAGGCAGUCCUCUGAGACGGGUCGCCACCUGCUGUCCGACACUGGUACACCCCUCUCUCCACCGGGACAUGGGGACGUGUUCUUCCCAGCCGAAGAUCCGAUCCCAGAGUCUCCAGACCUUCUCUAAGCUGUGGAUGGGGACCUGCCCUCAUUGAUCAUCGCACUGUUGAAUUGUCAUCUGUACAGUGUCUGGACUGCAGGAGAUUAUGUAAAAACUUAUUCCAGCUGCAACAACAGCCAGUGGCUAAAACAGGAUCUCUGCUUUGGGAGCUGUAUGCACUAUGGACGUGGAGCCAACAUGUGAUCGGACUAAUGUCUGCUAUCUGUAAAUCUGGCAAUAUUUGCUGCAAUAAUAUUAUAUAGUUUUUGUGGCUGCUUCAACUAUUCACUUUCAAACUUGUGAAAUACACUGCUCCUCUCCUCCUACAGUUUUGUAUUAGGAAUGCAGUAAAAACGCGUACUACAUAACCAUUGGAGAACAUGCAGACAUAAUCAUUAUGACAGCACAAAUAGUUACUGAUGUUGAGUAAAUCAGAUUACGUCAUGUUGGUAUGGAGGGAAAAAAUCUAACAGUCUUGCUGUGUUUGUUAAGUUUUAUAUGACAAGGGUAAAAACCUGCUUUUGGCCAAAUGACUGAAGUUCCCAAUGCACACGCACAGAGCUAUUCAAAGAUGCAAGCUUGCAGCAAGUUUUACAUUUUGAUUUAACAUGGACCAAGGAAAACAAUAUGGUAGGACUGAUCUAGUGCUCCAAUGCAUCUACAGUCAUUCAUUCAUUCAGAUUCAAUCUUGCAAAACAUGUUGUAAAUUGCAUGUUUUAUUAGACAAGGAAAGGCAUAUAUGAAAGGUAAAUAUGUAGGACUGAUCUAGUUUCUACCUUUAAGGGCUUUUACUCAUUUUAGUCAUACCAAAGUUCUACUGAUUCAACUUGACCUGAGUACCAUUCACAUUGAGGUUUGUGGCAUAUGUUAGGGCUGACCUCUUUCCUCUGCUACCUCACUUACUGUCAGCUGUGCCACUGCUGUACUCCUCUUCCUUCCUGGUUUCUCAAAAAUGCAGCACUUCUGCCCCUGAAUUUAAAUGUGCCUAUAACUGUUUGUCAUGACUGUUUUUGUAAAUAUAUAUGUAUAUAUUAUAAACAUUUCAUCUAGCAUGGAGUAAUUAUAGAUGUGUUCAUCUAAAAGAAAUCAUUAUUGCACUCAAAAUAAUAAGGGAAUUGUGUUUUUGCAAAUACUAGAGAUCUGUAUAAACUUUUUAUUUUCUUCCAAAAUAAUUAAAAUGCUUACCAAAAAUACAUUUAAAGUCAAUUUUUUAGCCAGAAAAUAGACUAAAAUAAAAUAAUCUUCUUUUUUUUUUUUGGUUGUGUUUAUUGCACAGACACUGGAAUCAUGCAGGGGAUGUGCCACCUCCAGAAAGUUACAUACUGUACCUUUAAAGAAACCAAAAAUGAGAGCUGAUGUUUUUGUUUUAUGGGCUGUGCCUAAAGUUCUGCAGAUCAACUGUAUUUUAUUGAAUAUUGUUUCAGGCCAAAGUCAUCUCUAAAUGUGUAGCACGGACAGACGACAGGGUAUGGUGCUAGGUGCAUCAUUUAUAUGUCAAAUAUAUUUGUGUUUAAUAAUAUGUAUAUGCUAGUGUAUGUAUUUAGAAAAAUUGUUGGGAAUAUUUGAUUAUUUUUGCUACGUAUAAAAGAUGUGUACAAAGCUUAUUAUGACUGAUGUUUGCUCAAAUGUAACUGUUCUUCAUAUUGCAUUUAAAUGGUCUUUAUUGCCGUUUAUACAAUAAAUCUGCACCUUUUCACCAGAGCCUCAUAUU